AUGCAGCUACGAUGGUACUUCUGGCCUACGCCAAUCAAGCUCGCAUUGUGCUCAAUCGGCAUGGCUCUCAUACUUUACCAUCUUGCUGGAGCUCCUACUAGGUCAAAGGGAAAGUCAAUUGGUUCAUUCGAACCAAAGACAUCGAACAAGAGACUACCUUCGACCGAUGAUAUUGCGCCAACGUUCACAGUCCCGGCUGAAGCUCGUCCUGAGGUCGACUAUUGGCCUAUCACAGCCGAAUCUGCACGCAAAUGCUACAAUUUGACUCUGAUUCUUGAAUCAAAGUAUCUGAUACCUUCAGGUUCGGCGACCUGUGGUAGUGUAGCUGCCUCCGAUAGCGGCAGAGAGUUAUGCAAAACCACAUGUAAUAACUACACACUACAAUACAAGCGAAGCUAUUUCCCUUGGCUUGCGAAGAAGAAUCUUUUCAGGGCUGCGUCAUGCGUCCAAAGCGACAAGUCUGCAGCUGACAUAUCUUACGACGUCUCUGCAGCAGAGAACGGAUUGGGUCUCUGUUCUCUUACUUGUACUUGUCAGAUAGCCAACAAGAUCAGAGUCAGACUGCCCACGCUCGGAGCGCUUGACAAGUCCAUCGCUGUGUCUCCAUCCAUGAGCAAGAAGUUCUGGGGAUUCAGUCAAUUUCAGACUCGUACUUGUCAUCCAGAAGACAUGUUACGGCCCUCGGCAGCCUUGUCACAAGUACCGGGAUUCACACCAUCGGAUUCACCUUCUUGGCAGACAACGUACCAAGUCACCGCAGAGAAUAUACCUUGCGACAUUGUGAACUGGGAAAAGAAGUGCCUCUGUAAAAAGUUAAAUGGUAAAGAGUUGGAACACGGCUUCAGACCUUCGAUUUGCAAAUAUGAACCUGUACCCGAAGGACAACCAACACAAAAUGCGAAAAUAUCGAAAAAGGCUCGGGUAGAUUCAGCCACCGAAAAAUCUCACCUAGAUGGUGCCGUCAGCUCCUCAGCAGACAGCACUACAGCGCACGCCUCGAACCUUGCGGGCUUGACACCACUACCAAGCGCGCUAGGAUUGCAAGACUCGAUAUCCUCCAUUUUUGGAGAUCUUGGUGAUAUACACGGGUUCUCUGGCUUUUACAACGAACUGUCGGUGAUCCAGCCGAAUGAAUAUGGUAUGCCACAGAAACUACAAUCAAACAUAUGCCACAACUAUCCACCUUGGGAGUUUGGCCAAUGUCCAGCAGAUCAUAAUCCUUACGCAUCUCAGUCGAAUCAAAAUACAGUUCAGCAUUCAGAAGACCUAGAUGUAAGCUUUGAACAGCAACGGCAGUGUGGCUCAUCGACAAGUUGUAAUCCAGCUCAUUUUGCGCCUUUCAAGAAACGCCAAGAAACAAAGCGCGACGAAGGUGAUGCUGGGAGUAGGAGGUGUGCUCGUGCUUCCGGCGCUGGCCAUGAGCAACGCCCUGCUCCUUUUAUCUGA